ACGCGGCUUCCGAUCGCUCCGUGUUUGUCGCGUUUUUUUGCACGUCGACAGCGCGUUUCGAGUGCCGACGAGUGAUCGAAGUUUCGAAUCCGGCGACGGGUUAUUGUUUCAGCGUGAAAAUCGGCUCGAACGGAUACGAUUGAACGCGAUAUUUGUACUCGACAACCGGUGGCCGACUUUGCAACGAAAACAUGGCGGUCGUUACGCAAAAACGGACAGAAACAGGAACGAACGUGUUCGCGGUUCCUCGAUCGGGCUCGCACAUCCAGGUCUUUCGUGCUUCGGCCGCCGUCAUCGUGUCGGGAUCAUCGGGAGCGGCUCAUCGACGAGCGGCCGACGGAGGAGAGGAGCCGCGCGAUCGUCCGCCGCCUCAUCUCGUGCUACAACGCGGAGAGACGAGGAGCCGAGAGCCCGGCCGAGAGGACGAAUCGUGGCGGAGCGAGCGUACGCCGCUCGCACCGGCGAUGGGACGGUGCGCCGAAAUGCUUAAUUAGCGCGAGUGGGGGCCUUCGGAGGCUCUUCGGCGACGCGACCAAUCGGCGCGGCCGCGAGCGCACGAUGUCUCCGCCCAUCGUGAGAGCCCCGUUGCCCUUUCCGCGUGACUACCGGCCACAGUUCGUACGCGAGCGUUCACGGAGCGUCAUUUCGUGUACGCGUCGAGACGCGCGCGCGUCCUCACGUCGCCUCGCCACCGCUGACCCGCCGCGACACUCUCUUCGCGCGAACGCCAGCAGCCGUUCGAAUCGCCGACGCGACGUCCGUUAAUCUUCCCCUCGCUCUUUCGUCCUCGAGAGAUCGAUCAGAUCCGCGCGAGAUUCGGCGGCCCUCCCGACACGCGUCUUUCGGCGUCGCCGGAAACAUGUAAAAACGCGACAGCGGAGAGAGAGAGAGAGCGAAUAGCAGACGCGGGGAAGGAACUUUCGCGGCGUCAGGGCGAGAACGCCAGGUAGCGCACCGCGACGUUGCCGCGGUAUCGGCGGUCCGCGAUCGCGAGAGAUCGUUCGAUCUAUCGUACUCCCGGCCGUUCGCCGCGCGCUCGUCGACGAUAUUUUCUCUAUCCCGGGGAAACGUGCGAUGCGAAUCGUCGUCGUCGUGCGAGCCGAUCGUCGGCGCAUGUAAGAAUGCGUGGCUGAGGGGGAGAAGGGAGCGUGUACGCGCCGCGUAACCUGCUCUCCGUCCGUCCGUCGCGCUUCCACGAGGGGGAUUCGACUGGGGAGAUUCGGCGGCUCUCUCGGCCGAAGAAGAGGACUCCGCACGCCGGGAACGCACGCACGCUCUCACGUCAUGUCGACGGGCUACCUGCUCCUGCUGAUCGUCGUGUGGCAAAGCGGCGCGCAAGCCAACUGGUGGUACCUGGGGCUGGAGCCGAGGCUGACAUCCGGCACGAUCCAAAGCGGCGGUGCCGAAUCGCAGACGCAGAUCACCGGCGCGGGUGUGAUCGGGCCGGCGAGCGCCGAAAAGACCUGCAAGAGCGCACACCUGACCGUCAAGCAGCAGGCGAUAUGCUCUCGCUCGCCACCCGUCCUGCAGGCGGUGAGCGCUGGUGCCAGGCUCGCCAUCGAGGAGUGUCAGCACCAGUUUAGAUCGGCGAGAUGGAACUGUUCCGUCAGCCCGGAAAAUCCCGAGAACGUGUUUGGCGGCGUCACGUUAGUCAAUAGCCGAGAGGCCGCGUUCAUUUAUGCCAUAUCAGCAGCCGGGGUCGCUUACAGCGUCACGAGGGCCUGUUCCAGGGGCGAGCUCACCGACUGCUCCUGCGACAAUCGAGUGCGAACGCGACGUCCGAACAACUGGCAGUGGGGAGGAUGCAGCGAAGAUAUCCACUUCGGUGAGAAGUUCUCGCGAGAAUGGUCCGACGGCGGCGAGGAACCGGUGAAAGAAGGCGUCCUCCACGGACCGAAAGGGCUAGCUGGCCAGCUGAUGAGGAAACACGAUAGCGAGGCCGGCAGACGCGCCAUUCGCUCUAGGAUGCAACGUGUGUGCAAGUGUCACGGCAUGUCCGGCUCGUGCAGCGUGCGCGUGUGCUGGAGAAGACUGCCGACAUUCAGGGUGGCCGGGGUUGCUCUGGCGGCUUUGCACGAGGGCGCCGCGCUGAUGCGGCUGGCGCAGCGCGGCGGCAGGAGACCGGCGAGGCUCAGACCGGCGCGACCCGAUCUCAAACGGCCGAACAAGACGGACCUGGUUUACCUCGAGGACAGUCCCGAUUACUGCGAAAGGAACGUCACGCUCGGCAUUCCCGGCACGCGAGGCAGAGUGUGCAACAAGACGUCCCUCGGCCUGGACGGAUGCCGGCUGCUGUGCUGUGGCCGCGGCUAUCAGACGCGGGUGCAGAACGUCACCGAGAAAUGCAAGUGUCGAUUCGUCUGGUGCUGUCACGUCAAGUGCGAGCUGUGCCGGCACUCGCGCGAGGAGUACGUUUGUAACUAGGCGCUAGUUGAAUUUGUAUUCCGCUACCGCGGCCUAUCCUAGGAGUACACACACACAUGCACACACACACAGGCACAUACACAUACAUACACAUAUGUAUACAUAUAUAACUUAAGCGUGCGCGCGCGAGAGCGUGCCGCUCUCUCUCUCGCGCGCCCAUGAUCGCCACUUUUGCGUUGUACUGUUAUUAUCGCGUUUUACCGUCAGUCAGCCGACAGCCGUGAGAGGCUACGCGCGUCACGUCGACGCGGUUUUCUCGCCUGACAGUCCGCCGGACGGUCGAUCCCGUUCUUCGGCAACGUCGGCUCGUACGGGCGAGCAGGACGGACGAACAGCGGACGUAUUUCGUCCCGGUGGCUGCGUUCGGCGAAAACAACGGUCGUGCAACCGUACCGAGUAAGAAUUAUCUGUGAUCGGCGCAUGCUUUCAGAUUUAAGGUGUAAGUACCCGGACGCGUACCUAACUCUCUGGACAUCCUUAUUGCUUUGGUCUUUAUCUGUGAAUAUUUUGAACUUUCAACAAUAUGUUACAUAUUCCAUAUAUAUGUGUUAUUCUAUGUUGAAAGUUUAAAUGUUCACAUUUAAAGAUGAAAAUAAUAAGAAUGUUUGG